AAGGUAAGAUUGUGAUUCCCGCAAGUUUUUUGUUGAUUAAGUAAAAAAGAAUAUUCUAUGAGGAUAAAGAAAUAAGCAGCAAGAAAAACAUAUGGCAGCUAAAAGUCCAAGCUUAAACUCUCUGAUGAAUUACCGCUUUGUGAAAAAGCAGGGCCCCAAACUUGCCUCAGGUAGUGAAAGCUUAUUUAGUUCCGAGACGAAUGGCAGCCUUAAUGCACAGGAUACCGAGGCAACAAACAGACAAAAUGACAGUCAAACAAGCUCUGCCUCCUCAUCAGUCACAAUAAUUUACUACAAUAAAGAGGGAGAAAGUCAGAACAGUGAAACAACCAUUCCAUACAAUGCUAGUCAGGAUCUCGGGAGCCAAGACCCAUUCCAACAAAAUGAUGAAGACCAUGCUCCAAGUAGUCCAGAAUCACCAGUGUUUCGUGGAAAGGUCAAAGGGUCAAAUAAGAAUUGUAUCCGUGACGAUGACACAGAACCGACCUCAUCUCCAUGGUUAUCAAAGGAGCAGGGAAUAACAAACGGGACAGCAUCUACGUCCGCAAAACAGCGGAGAAAAUCCAAACAGGAGGUGCGGCAGGGCUUUGGGGAUGACCUGACCCCGGAGCAGACAGAGGCUGUCAAUCAUCUGAAGGCCAUGUUCCCUGACCGCUCGAUGGAGGUGUUACAGGGGGCGCUAGAGGCGCGAGGCUGGAACGUGGAGGAGGCGGUUGAUCAUGUGAUUGACAGCUCAAAGUCCCUGAAAACUAAAAAAGCCAAGAAGAGAAUAAUUCGAAUGGCGAGCAGUGACUCUGAAGAUGGGGGAGGGUCUCCCAUCCAUCGUCCCGCUAAGCGAGCUCGACCUAUCGAGUCUGUUGACCUUGAAACAACCCAGAUAUCGGAGGCACAGAAAGACAAAAGGAUUCUGUUCCUUAAGGAGGCAUUCCCCAGGAGAAAAAGGAGGGAACUACACAAGGCAUUAGAGAACAACAACUGGCAGACUGACGACGCUCUACUGGAACUCAGUAACCUGAUGGACAACGGAAAGGAGAGACAGGCUGCUUUGGAAGAUGAAGAGGAUGAUUUUAGAAGCGAAGACGAGGAGGCAGACAGUGAUGACAGCUUAGAGAUGGACACAGAGAGUGCUCAGACUGAGAGAGAGAAGAUCCUGUCGUUUUUUGACGAGGCUACGGCUGACGAAUUAUCCGCCACACCUGGGUGUUCUAAAAAGCGGGCGGAAAUCAUCAUCUCUCUGAGGCCAUUCAAUACCUGGAACAAACUCAUUUCUCAAUUCUCUAAUAAUAAGGGCCUAUCGUAUGACAUCAUCAGUGGAUGUAAGGAAAUUCUGCGAGUGAGGCAGGUCAUCCUCAAACUCAUGCAGAAGUGUGAGGGGAUCUCCAAGAAAAUGGAGACGGUCGUAUCAUGUCUGACCAAGAGGACAGAAGUAGAAGACAGUGACGAUGAAGCCAUACAGAUCACUAAACAGCCACAGUACCUGUCCCCCAACUGUCAGCUGAAGCCCUUUCAGAUGGUUGGGUUGAACUGGCUCCGCAUCAUGCACUCUCAGCAGCUGAAUGGAAUCCUGGCCGAUGAAAUGGGACUUGGUAAAACCAUUCAGACCAUCGCCUUCAUCGCUCAUCUUCUGGAGGAGGGAGAGAGAGGGCCACACGUUGUGAUUGUUCCGUCGUCAACGAUAGAGAACUGGAUGCGGGAAUUUGAGACGUGGUGCCCAGAGGUUAACUUGCUGGUGUAUUAUGGGUCAGUGGAGGAUCGGCGUCAGAGUCGGAUGUCACUGCUGUACGACUCAAAGUCUGAGUACAAUGUAGUCCUUACGACAUACAACAUGGCCACAGGAAGUGUAGAAGACCGUGCCUUGUUUAAAAAGGUCGAGUUCCACUACGCCAUCUUUGAUGAGGGUCACAUGUUAAAGAACAUGUCAUCUCUACGUUACCAGAACUUGAUGAAAAUAGCGGCUGAGCGCCGUCUGCUACUGACCGGAACACCCCUACAGAACAACCUCCUGGAGCUGAUGUCACUGCUCUGUUUUGUGAUGCCAGAAAUCUUCAGUGGGAAAACGGACCAGCUCAAACAGAUGUUCUCUAUGAUCAAUAGAGGAGUGGAUGACAAAGCAAAGAGUAAAUAUGAAAGGGAGAGAAUCCAGCAAGCCAAGAGAAUCAUGCGUCCAUUCGUCUUACGUAGGCUGAAAUCGGAGGUCCAACAACAGCUCCCCCAGAAGAAGGACAGAGUCCUCCAUUGUGAGCUGAUCCCCCCACAGAGGGAGCUCUAUCAGCGCCUGAUUCAUCGGUUCAAAGAGGUCAUGAAGGAGGACCGGGGCAAGGAGACCAACGAGGGGGCGUCCAUGUUGAUGCAGCUCAGGAAAGCGUCCAAUCACCCGCUCCUACUGCGGAAUCAGUACACCGACGAUAUUCUGAUGAAGAUGGCAAAACAGCUGACUAAGGAGCCGUCACACAGAGACAGAGGCGCCCUAAAGGAGCUUAUCCAUGAAGACAUGUCAGUACUCAAUGACUACGACAUCAUGAAGCUGUGUGACCAGUACCCGAAAUAUUUAGGGAGUUUCAAACUAGAUGCAAGUGUCAUCAUGGAAUCUGGGAAGUUCAAGGAACUCGAAAAACUGUUGGAAACAAACAAAUCUCAGGGAGACCGAGUGCUGUUAUUCAGUCAGUUUACUAUGAUGAUGGACAUCAUUGAAGAUUUUCUCAAAAUGAAGAAAUACUCGUACCUACGAUUAGAUGGUUCAACGCCUGUCCCAGAUAGACAAGAGCUGAUUGACAGGUAUACAAAGGACGAGAGUAUAUUUAUCUUCAUCCUGUCCACCCGGGCCGGGGGACUGGGGAUUAACCUCACGGCCGCAAACGUUGUCAUCAUUCACGACAUCGACUUCAAUCCGUAUAAUGACAAACAGGCGGAGGACAGGUGUCACCGCGUCGGACAGACCAGGGAGGUGUCAGUGGUUCGUCUGAUCAGUAAAGACACUGUAGAAGAAGGCAUGCUCAGGGUGGCCAGAGGAAAACUGAAGCUGGAGAAGGACAUCACCACUGAUGAAAAUACUGACAAAGAAAAUACCUCUGAUGUUGCUUCCCUUCUCAAAGAAGCUCUGGCAGGAAGUUCAUGACCCCUAACUGAGUUCUUAGUCAGCCAAUCACAACUCAGAUAAGAAGGGUUCCAACCUUUAUGUUUUAAUAUAGAAAUGACCAAUAAAAUCAAAUAAAAACAUAUCUUGGAGCUGCAUGGAGAGUCCGGGGAGUUCUCGGCUUCUGUACGAUGUGAGUUCCAACUAUUUUUGCCAAUGGCUGGACCGGUCGUGGUAAAUUUACUGAGAGCUUCUUGAUCAACUUUUUGUACAGAAGGUGCAAGUUUUCAGAAUUAAAACUGUUCUGAGAACUGUGUUUUGUAAUGUUCAGUAAAAAUAAAGUGCUCUGUAUACUUGUGAAUAAACUGUUGAUGUCUGAGGUCAUUUAAACUGUUGAUGUCAGAAGGUUAGUGUUGUGUCAAGGUCACUGAUGAUGUUGACCUCAUUAGAUGAUGACUUGGGUUCACAGAGUUGUUACUGGUGUUCUGAAAAAAAAAACACAGAAAGAAUGCCAUAGCAAAUAUUUUGUUUCAUAUCAUCUACAUGUAUUAAUUUUUAGGGUUUUUAUUCGUAGGGAAUUUGGGAAAAGCUGUGUCAAGUAUGAAUAAUUUACUACAAGUUUUAUUGUUUAAAUUAAGACAGGGGGUUUCUUAAUUUGGCAUGUUGGUAAAAAUUUUACAAUGUUUAUAAAGUUGUGUUUGUAUGAAUACAGAUAAAUAAUGGAUUAAUUUGUACCUUUUGAUAAAACAAAGAUACGAUGUCUUGUACUUUUAUUUUGAUGUAUCUGAAGAGACGAGAGAUCCCGGCAUUUAGUUGUUGUAUGUCACUGUGCUAAUGGUAGCCAAGUUCUAUCUCAAUGUUAUCUUAAUCUCAGCAAUAUUUGACAAUAAAUUGAUGAUAUUCUG